UCCAGCAGAUGAUGAAACAGAACCGUACGAAGAAGUCCAAAUCUCGCCAUCUUCUGUUUACGCUGAGCCUGACAGAAACCGACAAAUCGAAACAACAAAUGAUGGUACCCACCAGAAAUUGUUAAAACGCCAAACUGACUCGGGUUAUGUUAUCCCAGCAGAUGGCUCGCCAUCUUCUGUUUACGCCGAGCUUAACAGAAACCGACAAGACGAAACAACAAAUGAUGCUACCUACCAGAAAUUGUUAAAACGCGACUCAGAUUAUGUGAUACCUGCUCAUACUGAAGCAGAAUCAUCCUAUGAAGAG